AUGCCCAAAACCAUCAUCCGACCAACAACAGGCUACUCCAUCGAGCUCCUCCACGAAUACGCCCACACACUCGACUCAAUGCCACUCGACCUCUCGCGUAUCUUCGCAGACCUACGCGAGCUCGACGCAGUCCUUACCUCCACAGUCGCCUCCGUCACUACCAAAAUCUACAAACUCAUCGAAAUGAUCCAGGACCGUUCAGCCUCAAACGAGCAGCGUCUCUGGUUACUCGGCGAGAUUGCUGAAGAGGCGAGUAAGAUUCGCCCGGGUGCGGAUGACAAGAUUCGUAUCGCUACACAGGCAGCGGAUAGCUUGCAUAUUCAGACAGGGCAUUUGCAUUCACUCGUUACACACCUCCCGGAGUUCGAACCUGCGAUGCUUGUACCGAAGACGCGAUACCCGCACGUCUCGGCGCGCGCGUACAUGCCGCCUCAUUCAUUCGAGACGGGUCGGAGACGAAGGGCGCCGAUUGGUGCUGGGGCGUGGAUGGGUGCGACUGAGAGUAGCCCGCAGAAGAAGAGGAGGGUUGUACAGGAUGAGGACCUUGAUUAUGGGACUGCAGCUAAGACCCCGAGGAAGGAGAAGAAUGGGGAGACUGGACAUACGCGUCCUCGCGGUGGGCCUAGGACAAAGAAGGUUGAGAGACACCCAUCUCCUCCAGAUUCCCUUCACUCCAUCGCUUCUCAUCCACCGGCUCACGCGGCGAAUACCAACAAUGCAAACAGCAACGGCACAAACCAUCGUUCAGCGGGUGGCACAACACACCGAGGUGCACACAAUAACAGCAACUCCAACAAACGUCGUGCGAAUCCGCAGAAUGGUUCUGCUCAUGCGGAAGGUUCACUACUCGAGUCGGUCAUGUCUAGGAAGGACAACCAGCAACUCGCACCGUCUUCGUCAACAUCUCAUCCUUCUUUGGUAGAGGCAUUUGACAAUGAAAAACGAGGCAAAGACUACUGGCCUCCCGAAACACCGCGCGACCUCCAAGUACCCAGCGCUUCCACCAACAACACCACCUCCAACAACAACAGUAACACCAACACCAACACCAACAAUAACAACAAAGCACCCCGCACCUCCACGCACUCCUCACUAACGACCAACCUCACAACCAACCUCGCGUCCGCCAUAGAUGGAGGAGUCGGAGGCUCACCCGCACCUGGGGGCAACGACGCCGGAGCAGGAGCAGUAGCAACCGCCGCUUCUUCCGUCGCAGAAGGUACCACAGCAGGCGACGCAGGCGGAGACGGUGAUGGCGAAGCUGACGAUGGGAGGAUAUAUUGUUUCUGUGAUAAUAUGAGUUUCGGGGAGAUGAUUGGGUGUGAUCAGCCGGGUUGUAAGCGGGAAUGGUUCCAUUUGAGUUGCGUAGGCCUGAAAGAAGCUCCGAAGGGCUUGUGGUACUGCGAUGAAUGUGCUGCGCUUCGCAAGAACCCGCGGAACCCACGUAAGAAAAGGGCUCCGGCUGGUGGACGAGCGAAUGCUCGGAAUAAUGGGUCGUAAACCCCUCUCACACCCUUCUGAGUCUUCAUGCAUAUAAUCCAUCCUAUGCGUGUUGGAUUGCUUUUUUCUUGACUCACUUCCCCUUUAUUUGUCUUUUCUUUUCGUUCGACAUUCUGUUCGGCCCACCUCCC